AUGUGCCAUCGAUUACUCUUUACUGCCGUUUUUUGCUUAUUUUUUACAACUGUUUUGUCGAUUCAAUGCUAUACGGGCACCGAUGCUAAAUGCUCGUUAACACCGGAUAUGAAAGAUUGCGGUUCAAGAGAAGCUUGUAGUUGUGUGAAAUAUCUUACUAAAUGUACAAAAGGUGAUCAAGCUUGUAGUCAAUGGGAACAAUCAACAGGUGCUAAAAAAUGGAUAUACUCGAUGAUUGCUAAAAGUAUGUGUAACAGAUUGGAAAAUGUACUGAUUGGCAUUUCUAAUGUCCAAUGUUGUUCAAAUAAUCGAUGCAAUCGACCUGAAAAUGGUCAAUGUUCAUGGUCGCAAACUCGUCGUCGAGUUUUACGUAAAUUUGCUGAUUUAUUCGACUUUUAA